AUGGCACCAUCGAAGAAGCCCGUAAAGAAGAUGUCAUCGCUAAAGCUAUUGAUGGUCAAAUUGAAGCAGAUUGAGGCUGCGUUCAACGAUGUCUAUCGAUUCAGUAGGGGGAUUCAGGAGACUACAUCCCUCACACAGAUUCUUCUUCGGCUGGAGAAAAUUGACGAUCUUUGGGAAAGGUACGGAGCUACUUUGGUGGAAAUUCAAUCCCACGAAGAUUUCGACGAGGAGGAUGUAGACGACGAGGGUGAAGGUGAUUCUCUUAAUAAAAAUAGGCAGGAAUUUAGUGAUCGCUACUAUGAGGUUAAGGCAGUUUUAACAGACCAGGUUAGGGAAAGACAGGAACAAGCUACAUUGAACCAAUCUGUACUAGGUGAUCCUCCAGCCCCAGCUGCACUCGAACGUGUACGCCUUCCGCAGAUUCAAUUGCCAGCCUUUAAUGGGGAGAUAGACGAAUGGUUAAGUUUUAGGGAUCUGUUCACUUCCUUGAUUCAUUGGAAGACAGAUUUACCCGACGUAGAAAAGUUGCACUAUUUAAAGGGCUGUCUGCAAGGAGAACCUAAAACCUUGAUCGAUUCUCUUCAGAUCACUGCGGCCAACUAUCAGGUCGCAUGGGGAAUGCUGACCAAACGCUAUAACAACAGCAAAUUGUUGAAGAAGCGGCAAAUCCAGUCUCUUUUGAAGCUACCCGUUCUCGCCAAGGAAUCUGCCUCGGAGCUACACCUUUUAGUUGAAGGUUUUGAAAAAAUCGUGCAAACUUUGGACCAAAUCGUACAACCGGGCGACUACAAAGACUUGUUGCUGGUGAAUCUGCUGUCGUCGCGUCUAGAUCCAUGUACUCGUCGUAGUUGGGAAGAGUUCUCUUCAACUAAAGAACAGGAUACACUGAAGGAGCUUACCGAAUUCCUUCAACGACGCGUCCGCGUCCUAGAAUCCUUACCUUUCAAGGCUGCAGAUUGCACGAAAUCAAUCCAUCAACCCGCAUCCAGGCAGAAGGUAUCUGCUGUAAAGAAUAGCUUCAGUACCGUGCAAGUGUCCGGGGGACGCUGUCCAGCUUGCACUGGAACUCAUCCUCUGUUCCAGUGCGGCACUUUCCAACGAAUGUCGGUGGCGGAUAAGGAUUCGUUACUACGGUCGCAUUCGUUGUGCAGGAACUGUUUCAGGCAAGGACAUCAAGCCAAGGAAUGUCAGUCCAAGUAUUCCUGCAGAAACUGUAAGGGUAGACAUCACACACAGGUCUGUUUUAAAUCGGAAAGGGAUUCUAACCCAAGGCCAUCAUCCAAGCAACGGGGUACCAACAUGGCAAAAGGAACCCCAGAACCCACUCCAUCGACAUCUGGCUCCACUUCACCCCAAGUAGCUAACCUGGCGGCUACGGACAGCUUGGUGGCAGGCACAGUUCACCAAUGCUCGUCGAAGGUUUUGCUGGCAACAGCAAUUGUCGUUGUUCAGGAUGACGAAGGCAAAGGAUCCCUGCUCGUGCUCUCCUCGAUUCGGGAUCAGAGAAUGGGCUUUCUGGUACUUCCGAAGGUAACAAGCAAUCUUCCUACUGCUAACGUCAACAUCGCUGGUUGGACAAUACCUAAAGGAGUCGAGCUCGCCGAUCCAUCGUUUUGUGUUUCAUCAGGGGUGGAUCUCGUUCUUGGAAUUGAAGCAUUUUUUGACUAUUUCAACUCUGGCAGGAAAAUCGAACUUGGAGCGAAACAUCCAGCAUUACAUGACUCCGUAUUUGGUUGGAUUGUCAGUGGAGGAUUCUCCGAAGAUAUUCAAGGUUUGCAAAGCAGCUGUAACAUCGCAACUACAGAUCGAUUAGAACAUCUACUAACUCGAUUCUGGGCCAUGGAGGAAGCAGACUCCACGAAUAGCUAUUCCCCCGAAGAAUCUCGCUGUGAAGCCAUCUUCUCGAAAACAGUUCAACGCAGAUCCGAUGGCCGCUAUUCCGUAGCACUUCCCAAGAACGAAAAUGCCAUUUCCAGGUUGGGAGAAUCCAAGGAGAUCGCAUUUCGGCGGUUUCUGAGCACCGAACGAAGGCUUAUCAAGGAUACUAGUCUUCGGAAGCAGUACAUAAGGUUUAUGGAGGAGUACCUGCAGUUAGGUCAUAUGCGAAAGGUUGAAGAGGAUCCAGAAGCCACUAAACGAUGUUUUCUCCCUCAUCAUCCGGUGGUCAAAGAGGCCAGCACCACCACUAAGGUCCGCGUGGUGUUCGACGCCUCCUGUAAGACUGCUUCGGGAUUGGCGUUGAAUGAGGUAUUGCUGGUAGGGCCAGUAAUUCAACAGUCUCUCCGAUCAAUCAUCCUUCGUAGUUGCAUGAAACAGAUUCUCUUGGUGGCGGACGUUGAGAAGAUGUUCCGGCAGAUACUUGUGCACCCUGAGGAUAGGCCAUUCCAAUCUAUUCUCUGGCGUCCGUCUCCUUUGGAGGAGGUAGAGCUGAACACCGUAACCUAUGGAACGAAACUGGCCCCGUUCCUGGUAACUCGUACACUGACCCAACUAGCCAUGGCUGAAGGAGAACAGUACCCACUCGCGGCGCAGGCAAUUACAGAGGACACGUACAUGGACGACGUCAUCACCGGCUGCGAUAACUUGGAGGAUGCCAAGAAGAUACAGCAGCAACUAGACGAGAUGACAAAAUCCGGUGGUUUUCAGCUUAGGAAAUGGGCGUCAAAUUGUGCUGAGGUCCUGAAGAGUAUCCCGGACGACAAUCGUGCAAUUCGUCUGGCGGAAGGCAUAAAUCUCAAUCCAGAUCCAUCGGUGAAAGCAUUGGGUCUAACUUGGUUACCCGGAAAGGACGUAUUCCGCUUUCAAUUCGACGUUCCACCGGUCGAGUCAGUUGAAACAUUGACAAAACGGAAGAUUUUAUCGAUCAUCGCUACUUUGUUUGACCCGUUAGGGUUCAUAGGCGCUACUACGACCGCUGCAAAGGUGUUUAUGCAGCUACUUUGGACGACCCUAGACGAAAGAGGUCAAAGGUUGGACUGGGACCAGCCACUACCUCCGACGGUGGGUGAGUCCUGGAGGAAAUUUCACGUUCAACUGCCAAUUCUCAACGAAAUCCGGAUAGAGCGAUGCGUAAUCAUUCCCAACGUGGUGGAUGUGCAGAUCCACUGUUUCUUUGAUGCAUCACAGAAGGCUUCCGGCGCAUGCCUAUAUAUUCGCAGUCAAGCUGUGGACGAGAACGUGAAGGUUCAGCUGUUAUCCUCGAACUCUAAGGUUUUCCCUCUUAAACCUCAAACAAUUCCUCGUUUAGAACUCAGCGGAGCGUUGUUCGCUGCUCAGCUCUUCGAAAAGGUGCGGCGAGCAACUAACCUCCAAGUUCGAACAACAUUUUGGGUAGAUUCUUCUUGUGCUCUACGAUGGAUUCAGGCUUCACCUUCUACGUGGUCCACAUUUGUUGCAAAUAGGGUUGCAAAAAUCCAGGCACUUACGGAAGGUUGCGUUUGGAGGCACGUAGCUGGUGUUGAAAACCCAGCAGAUUUAGUUUCGAGAGGUAUAGGACCAAAGGACAUCGUUAACAACGGUUUCUGGUGGCACGGACCGAGCUGGUUAGCUAAAGAGCGAAGUUAUUGGCCAAAUUCAAAUCCUGAUCUAAAAGAAGAAGGCGAGGAGGAAAGAAGACGUACUGCAGUUGUCGUUACAGCAUCAGCAGUGGCAGAUUUCAACGAAGUUUUCAUUUCCACAACGAAUUCCUACACUACGUUAAUUCGCCGCGUAGCUAUUUGGCAGCGGUUGAUACGAUCGCUUCAAACACCGGAGGAUCGUCCAAAUGGGUUCUUGCGAGCAGAUGAGCUACGGCAAGCAGAAUGUACUCUGAUACGGAAGGUUCAAGAAGAGGUAUUUCCGGACGAACUACUGGCGGUUCGGAAAAAGGAAUCAGUAGGAAGAAGGUCGCCACUACGAUGGUCAAAGCCAAGACAAGUGCAGCAGUUCAUGGGAGAGCUGCCGUCAUCGAGAGUCACGGUUUCGCGUCCGUUUUCUAAGGCUGGAGUGGACUACUUUGGUCCGGUAUAUUUGCGACCAGUACCACGUAGGGCUGCUGUCAAGGCGUACGUAGCCAUUUUUGUAUGCAUGUGCACAAAGGCAGUACACAUGGAACUGGUUUCCGACUUAUCCACGGAGAGAUUCCUGCAAGCACUCCGACGUUUCAUCGCGCGCAGAGGAAAGGCUACCGACUUGUAUUCGGACAACGGUACGAAUUUCGUUGGUGCCCGCAAUCAGCUGAAAGAACUCUGUCGGCUUUGGAAACAUCCCGAUCAUCGACGAUUCGUGUCCACUUUUUGCGCCAGUGAAGGGAUUAGCUGGCAUUUCAACCCUCCCGGUUCUCCACACUUUGGAGGAUUGUGGGAAGCGGCUGUACGGUCAGCUAAAUACCACAUUUUGCGAGUUAUUGGCUCCAAUCCAGUUUCUCACGAGGAGAUGUCUACGCUCCUUGUACAAGUGGAGGCCUGCUUGAAUUCCAGGCCACUGACUGCGAUGUCAGAUGACCCGGACGAUCUUGAGCCUCUGACCCCGGCGCACUUCUUAGUUGGCAGUUCCCUACACUCACUUCCUGAGCCUGACUUACGGUCGCUACCCACGAAUCGUCUUAGGCAGUACCAGCUGACGCAGCAGCACCUUCAGCAUUUUUGGGAUAGAUGGAAGAGAGAGUACCUCUGUCAGCUUCAAGGGAGGGCCAAACGUUGGUCACCGCCGGUACAAUUUGAAGUCGGUCAGCUCGUCGUUAUCCAGGACAAAAACCAACCACCGAUGCGUUGGCGCAUGGGUCGUAUUGUACAAAUUCACCCCGGCACGGAUGGUGUCGUACGAGUCGUAACCCUGAUAACGUCGUCAGGAGAAUUGCGACGUGCAGUGGAAACCCUAUGCCUACUGCCAACCUCUGAAAUAGCUACCAGCCAAACUUAA